AUGGGGAAAGCCCCCGCCGCGAUCGUUAUUGCGAGACAUGGUGCCCGUCUGGAUGCUGCCGAUAAGAACUGGCAUCUGACGUCUCCAACCCCGUACGACCCUCCGCUUUCGUAUGGCGGCUGGCUUCAGUCCCGUGCUUUGGGCGCCCGUAUUGCCAAUGUUUUACAGUCCCUGGAUAACGAUAUCCUCCCCGAGGGAACAGAUGUCGAGACGUUGCCGUCGUUUCGCCCACGAACUUCCAAGCGAAAGCGCCGAAUCAUUAUCCAUUCCUCCCCAUACCUUCGGUGUCUACAGACCUCUAUCGCCGUAAGUUCCGGGAUCAGCCAGCACUAUCCUGAUAGCACGGGAACAGGCUCGGGUUGGAAUCAGCCCAAUGGGUUUCUAUCCGCCCCCGUCAUGCCGUCGGCAAAGGAGCCGACCACUGGCACGGUGUCCAGCACCCCUGCUGUUCCCGGUGAUCAGCGAUGUCUUCUGCGUGUCGACGCUUUUCUUGGCGAAUGGCUAUGCCCAGACUAUUUCGAGGAGAUCACCCCGCCCCCUAAGUCAGAAAGGCUGAUCGCCGCCGCCAAGGCCGAACUAUUACGACGGGACAGCAUCGUGCCCGAAGCCGAUACCAAACCCCCUACGGGCUUUUUCCCAGGUGGCUGGGGUAGUCUUGACAACAAACCUCUGUCUCCCCCUAUCGAAGAGGAAGAUCGCAAGGCUUAUUCCUUGUACACGUCAAAUGAGCGUCGGGAAGGGCAGCGAAAUCGGGCCGGCAGUUGUGAUACCCUGCGGUCCGCAGACACCCCACGCACCCGGAGGUUGCUCAGCAAAAUUAACACCAACCUCCCGCCCAUCCCCGAUGGCGCGUACAUGCCCCCGACGCCGAGCUAUGCCAUCUCGCCGUCCGGCCCGAUUCCGACCGGUUAUGUCACCCACGCUCGGGAUGCUUGUGUGAGGAUCGACUAUCCGUGGGAUAGCAUGCGAGACCCACCGAAUUGGGGAAAUGGUGGUGAGUACGGCGAAGAGUGGAGCACGAUGCACACGCGGUUUCAUAACGGACUGGAGCGGAUGGUUGGCUGGUAUCAGGAGCACGAUGCAUCACUUCCCUUCAAUCGGCGUCGGCGUCAUUCGCAAUUAUCCUUGUCUGAGAGCGCGGAGGAGUCGAAGAUACCUGACGAUGAGGACGAGGCUAUCGACACGAUCCUGGUGAUCGUCACUCAUGGGGCAGGCUGUAAUGCGCUCAUCGGAGCGAUCACUGGCGAGCCCGCCCUCGUGGACAUCAAUACCGCGUCCCUCACUUUAGCAGUCCAGAAGAGCCGUGUGGCUGUCUCAGAGAAAGUGGACGCGAUCGGCGGACCCGUCGUGCCGUAUCGUUCCGGAAACAAGCCCGUGGGGCUCCGUGAUUACAAGCUACAGCUGGUGGCUUCGACCGACCAUUUACGACCGGUCACGAACUUGUCGACGUCCGUCCUCCCGUCGCCCAGUAGUCUAACUUCUCCAUCAUCGACGUACCGCCCACGAUUCACGACCCGCCCGCCGUUACAGGGUGGGUUCGUGAUCGGUCCCUCUGCUGUGUCCGGACCGGGCACCGGUUCGUGGUCAUUCUCGCGACCUUCCACCGUUCCUCGCAGUGCUGGCGGCCUUUGGGGCUCCAACUCCAUCUCCGGCGGGGAUGCGGCGGACGAUAUUAUUCCCAAUUUCGGUGAUCCCUGGUCGGGUUCUAAUGGGACUAGCGAAAAUGACCACCACUCCAGCAAGAAGCCGGAGGAGUCGUCAGAUUGGACGCCACAGUUGCCCCAGAGGACGCUGUCCCAACGAGGUCUAUGGGGCAGUGGGCCUUCGAAGGAGCCCCAUGUCAAGCGGCGCUGGACGGUGACUGAACGGCGCGUUUAA